UCAACUGGUUUGAUUCGAUUUGGCCCUGUGACAAAGGAAGACUUUCUGCACACUCAUACUUUAAAGAAUAUUUCGAGACUCGCUCCCGGAUAUCUGCGGAGCUGAACGCACAGAGCCCGCUCGGACUGACGGUAGAGAUGUGCGCUUGGAGAAUGCUUCACAUCAGUGGAAGGAUAUAUUUACUAUCAUCAUUUGAACCAUAAAAGAAAGUCUUUUCGGAUUUUUAAUGAGACGCCCCUGAAACAUCACACAGCGUCGGUUACUUCUUUCCCCCUACAAAGCUCUGUAAAUGCUCAGUUCGUUUGUGGCGCUUUGGAGGAGCGCAGCGCGUUGAAGUGGACCUUUUCUUGUGUGCCAAAGUGCUUUAGCUGCCUAGCUCAGUGUUUUUUUCAACUGCUUCAAGAAAGUGUUACCAGCCGAUCGGAGCAGGGUGUAAAUGUUUGGAAUCCAGGAACAUCUGAUUCGUGAAGUGAGCGGAUUAAAAGAAAGAGGUCUUGGAGAGGAGAUGGAUCCAGUCCGGUCGUGGGUGCGCAAUGUUGGGGUUGUGGAUGCGAACGUCGCAGCGCAAAGUGGAGUGGCCCUGUCGAGAGCUCAUUUCGAGAAGCAGCCGCCCUCAAAUCUCCGCAAGUCCAACUUCUUCCACUUUGUCCUGGCGCUCUACGACAGACACGGCCAACCUGUGGAAGUGGAGAGGACUGCGUUUGUGGACUUUGUGGAGCACGAAAAGGAGCAGACGGGAGAAAAGACCAACAACGGUACUCACUACAAGCUGCAGCUUCUCUACAGCAAUGGUGAUCGCUGCUGUGAGAAGAAAAGUUGUGGCAAUCGAAAUGAGACGCCGUCCGACCCAGUCAUCAUUGACAGGUUUUUCUUGAAGUUUUUCCUGAAAUGUAACCAGAAUUGUCUGAAGACAGCAGGAAACCCAAGGGAUAUGAGGAGAUUUCAGGUGGUCCUGUGCAGCACUGUGAGUGUAGACGGUCACGUCCUAGCCGUGUCUGACAACAUGUUUGUCCACAACAACUCAAAACAUGGCAGAAGAGCUCGAAGACUGGAGCCAGGCGAGUCUGUCGAGAAUACGAUGGAAUAUGCUACCCCAUGUAUCAAAGCCAUCAGUCCGAGUGAGGGCUGGACCACCGGUGGUGCAAUGGUCAUAGUCAUUGGAGAGAACUUUUUUGACGGGCUACAAGUGGUGUUUGGAAGCAUGCUCGUAUGGAGCGAGCUGAUCACACCACACGCUAUCCGUGUCCAGACACCUCCGAGACACAUUCCCGGGGUUGUGGAAGUCACACUGUCUUAUAAAUCUAAGCAAUUCUGCAAAGGAGCACCCGGGCGCUUUAUCUACACAGCUCUUAAUGAACCAACCAUAGAUUAUGGCUUUCAGCGUCUUCAGAAGGUUAUUCCUCGGCACCCUGGUGACCCAGAGAAACUAGCUAAGGAGAUCCUCCUGAAAAGAGCAGCAGAUCUUGUGGAAGCCUUGUAUGGAAAUCCACACAGUAAUCAGGACAUGCUACUGAAACGAGCGGCUGACAUUGCCGAGGCGCUCUACAGUGUUCCCCGUCCUCACAGUCAGCUGCAGGCACUGCCCAGUUCACCAGCCCACGGCAGCGUCAUGGGCCUGGGCUCCUAUCCCUCUCAGUUGGGUGUGAGCAUCGGAGAGCCAGGACAGAGCAGCCAGGGUUACAUUCGCAACUCGAGCAGUUUGUCUCCAAGGGGUUACCCGUCAGCCUCAACUCCCCAGCAGUCAACCUAUGGCACCAGUGGAGGGAUGACUGGAGGCUAUGGGACAGUUCCCAUGACUAGUCUAGGUGUUCCUGGAUCUCCUGGUUUUAACAGUGCCUCCCCCACUGGCUCUCCCUACAUAAUGCCCUCUAGCCCCACUAUACCAGGAAGCUCCAGCUCCUCAUCUUCUCUCUUGCCUUUCUCCUCCUUCCCGUCUGCUGCUAAACAGAAGAGUGCUUUUGCUCCCGUCCUCAGGCCCCAAGGCUCUCCCUCCCCUGCCUGCCCCGCCUCAGGGGGGAACAGCUUCAGAGCAAUGACGGGCCUGGUUGUUCCCCCGAUGUAGCAAAGCACCCCCAAUCUACCCCAGACCACUGCUUCACUUAGCCCCUCUUUUGGCACUACGAGGGCAGGGAGAAUGGAAAAUUGAUCACUAGCGACCAUGUACUGUAUAUCUUCCCUCCCCAACCCCGUAUGCUCGCCUUUUCUUAGUCCCUUUUUCAUCCGUCUGGAUGAACAGCACGGGGUAUGAAAAUGUCCAAAGACCAGCUAUCCACUGCAGACACGGAGGAGAAUAAUCCACCCACAACCACAGAGACCAUCCUUAGCAAGCAGCACUAGACUGGACCACAUUCGGCUGUGUACGUGUGUGUGUGUAAUGAAGCCUCGGAAAAGAAACAGAUGAAGACUGCUUUGAAUUUCGCCUCAAGCUUCAAAAGCAUCUGUGUUGACUUCUGACCAACCAUCACAUGCAGUAUUCACCUUUUUUCCUCAACACCUGCGCAAAACCACGGCCAGAGUUUUACAGGACGCACAACGAGAGCACUGAACACUGAUGGACGACAGACAACUCGGAUAAAAAGUUGCAGCUCUAAAAAGCAGGGUGCUAUUCUGUCUGCGUAUGGACACGUUAAACGGCAUGUGUGUAAACCGUCUGUGAGUUAGUGAGAGGUUUUUUUGUAGUAGACUUUUUGAAGACAAUUUACAUUCCAGAAAAACAAACCCUUUAUUUUUUGUUCUGAUCGUUACGGUUUUUCAAGGGAGAGCUCUUUGUCUCAAGGGUUAUUACUAAAGGAAUUCAUAUAUUGAUUUAUUUAAAAACAAGCAAUUUAACUUAUUAUUGUUAGUUUAGGUAAUAAUAUAAACGUGUUUUUAUACAGUGAUACUUUUUCCAGCUGUUACUGACAUGAAUUUAUCUCAGCGGUUACUAAUGAAUUUGAUGAAUGAUCAGCAUAGAAGAUGAAUUCGUUUUUUUUUUUUUUUAAGUAAACAUCCCCAGUUUGCAGGAUCUUGCAUAAUGAUAUAUAUGUUGCAGAAGGUGAUUCUCCUUGUGUAAAGGAAAUGUUAGUUAGCCUUAUCCCUUUUUAAUUUCACUUUAAAUGCAUGCUCUCUUACACCGAUGCCCUGGUACUUUUUCACUUCACGUUACAAAUUUAAAUAUAUACGACUGUGACUUUUACAUUUUACACAUCCAUGUUAAAUGUCUCAGCCCUGUACAGGUCUCUAGUCACUAUGCAGUACGGUAAAUAAAAGCACAAAUGCUCAAAAAGAAAGAAAAGAAGCGGGCGUAUUAGAUGUUCACUGACCCUCAUCAUUCUGUUUUUACUUGUACUUCCUUACUUACAUUUUUUUCAGUAUGACACAAACUGCAUUCUCAGGACUCGAAAAACA